AUGCCAAUGCUAUGUUCAAAUCAUGGGCAAAGACAGAGACAAGCAGUAUUUGCAGAGCAGAAAGGAUUAAACGAUACGGCUGGUAUGGAACAACUAAAGGAAAGUUCAUCCCAAAUGGACAAUAAAUUCCUUAUGGAUACACCUCAUGUGACUGAUGGUGAUAAUUCCAUUAGUGACCAACUACAUCCAGUCAACAGUGAGAAGCAUGGUCAAAUAGGAAGAGGUUUUGAAAUUCUUACAGAAAGUACAGAUGGAGUAACUAUUAUGGAGGAACGUGAUUUCACGGGGUUAAGUCUAAGCCCCAUUCAGAUGGAAAGUCUUGGGGAAAUAUUUGAUGCAUCAGUAAUUAAAGCUGAUAGAGAAACUGCUGUUUCAAGCAAAGAAAAUGUUGAUCAAGCUUUGCUUGAUAUUGGAGGUGGUGUGAAGUCAGUGAAACAGAAGGAAAUUAGUGUAACUACAGAAACAGGGAGAGUUACCUGUCAAAAUACUGGCAAUGUUCUUAAGGACUUUUCAGAAAACAAGUGCAGCAAUAAUAGUGAAUUUUCCCUAAUAAAAGCAGAUGUGUUAGGAAGUAUGGAGGAUGCCGAAGAAUCAGGGGAUAGGAGUGAAGUGCUAACUUCUGGGAGUCAUACCCAUACCACUGAUGUUUCUUCUGCAAUUUUGAGCAGCAUAGGGGCUGACUUGAAUUAUGGUGCCCAGAAAGAACAUGAGACACUGAAAAACAUAAAGGGAGAAAAUUUCGUGGCCAGUGAGAUUUCUUCCCUUGGAAAUGGUUUCAAAAAACAAAUGUCCAUGGAGUCAUUGCAAAAGGAAAUGGGACCCUGCAAGGAUUUUCAAGUAAAUGAAGGUAUUUCACAAUCACCAGAAAUGUCUGCUGCGCUAAUGGAAGACUUAAAGAAUAUAUUGGAAAGGAAAUUGAAAAUGGGACAUGUUUACUGCAGGAAGGAGGGUGAACCCCUAAGUUACUUAGAUACAAAAAUGUUAAUGCAAAAUUUACUUAAAACGGUUAGAAGCACCCAGCUCGGGAGUGACACGUCUAGUGGGUCAAAUCUCAAGCAAAUAAGUAAUGCUCUUAAAACUGCAUUAAUGGUUAGCACCCCAUGUACAGAGCCAGAGGACGGUGAUGCUCUUUCAUUGCUGUGGCCUGACUGCAGAAGUCCUGAUCUUCUUCGUGAUAUUCUGAAGCAAGAAUCCUGCAAGCAAAAGAUGGCUGAUCCAGAUGAAAGGAAGAGUGAAACAGACAUGAAAGCUCCUGUUCCAAACCCUACUACAUCUGAACUUCUGGAGUUUUUUCAAAUCUCACCUGGAGAUGAAAGUACAAGCAAGUUAGAGGAGCUGCUAAGUGGUUUGCUUAUGAGCUCACAGGUUGCUGGUAUAGCCACAGAACGUGAGGGUAAAGGCAAAGUAGAUGGGCUUUGUACUGUUUUUUCAACAGAACAAUCAGAGUGUGGAUCAGAAAUAGCUAAGAAGAAGACAUUGGCAGAUGACAUGGCCAUUGCUUGGAAAAGUGACCAGGAGCAUGGGAAGACAGCCAGCCCAUCCAAAGGCUUUACUGAGCCUGUUUUCAAAACCAAAGAAGUGGUCCUGGAAGAUGCCCCCACUAGCGCGGUCAGUGGAGUACAGCAGUGUUUGAAGUUAACAGAGAAAAUGCGAGGACAUUUGGCAGUGCUUCAAGAUAUGAAAAGCCACCUAGAUAACCAGCAGCCUGUUAGUAAUAACCUGGAAAUACUAAAAGAUGAACUGGAACAACUAGAGUCAUUUGAAUCAGGACUGGCUACCUUUGCAAUUAUCCUAAAAAAGGACAUGAAGUUGUCAGAAGAGUUUUUAAAGUUUUUUAACAAGGAUAUUCCUGAAGAGAAUCUCAAAGAGCUAAAGAUAAGCUGUGACUAUUUGCAGGAAGCAUUUUUGGUGGUCUGUGAUAUGUCUUCAAAACGAGCAAAACAAGUAGUCUGUGCUGUUGACUUGGAAAUGAACAGUGCUGCAGAGCUCAGCUGUAAGAAAAUGCAACUGGAGUCCACUGCGUUUGACGUUCAGUUCUUCAUUUCUGAACAUGCUCAAGAUCUUUCUCCUAAUCAGAGCAAACAGCUGCUGAGGCUCUUAAAUACCACCCAGAAAUCUUUUCAGGAAGUACAGGAAGCAAUAACAUCUCAGGUGGAAAGUUUAGAGACUCAGUUAGAGGCAGCGCAGGAGCUGGGUGAUCAGAAGGAUGUGGCUGAACGGCAGCAGGAGUGUAAAGAGAAACUGCAGGAAAUCUGUGAUUUGCUCACACAGACUGAAAAUCGACUCAUCGGACAGCAAGAGUCUCUUGUUAUUGGAGACAGCAAGGCUGAGCUAGAACAAUACCAGACCAAACAGGAGGAGAUACAAAAAGACAUGAGAAUGAGUGCCCAGACACUGGCAGAGAUUGUGAAAAAUACUGAAACCUUCUUGAAAGAGAAUGGAGAAAAGUUGUCACAAGGAGACAAGACUGUUCUUGAACAGAAACUGAAUGAAGCUAAGACAAAGUGUUUGCUCCUUAGCCAGAAGGCAGAAGAGUCCAAAAAAGAACUGGAUAAAGCUAUGACAACAGCAAUUAAGCAGGAAACAGAAAAGGUUGCAGCCAUAGAACAGCUGGAAGAAAGUAAAAAUACAAUAGAAAAUCUCUUGGAUUGGUUAUCGAAUGUGGAUAAAGAAGCAGAGCAUGGUUGGAAAUUUAAGCAGGCGAUAGAACAGAAUGGAACACACUUUGAAGAGGGAGAUGUGAAGUCUUUGGAAGGAGAGGAGGAUGAUGUCAAUGGUAAUCUACUGGAAAUUCAGCAAGACAUUGUAACUCAGGUGGAUGGACUUGUAAAAAGCACAGACGAUAAUCUGAACCUGCAGUAUCAGAAAGUCAAGGCUCAACAUGAGAAAAUUAUUUCGCAGCAGCAGGCUGUCAUAAUAGCAACCCAGUCUGCUCAGGCACUGCUUGAGAAACAAGGGCACUACCUUUCCCCCGAAGAAAAAGACAAGAUGCAAAGGAACAUGAAAGAGCUGAAGGCUCAGUACGAGACUGCUUUAGCUGAAUCAGAACGGAAAAUGAAAUUGACUCAUUCUUUAAGAGAAGAACUUGAGAAAUUUGAUGCAGACUAUAGUGAAUUUGAAACCUGGCUGCAGCAGGCAGAACAAGAACUUGACAAUUUGGAAGCAGGUGCUUCUGACUUCGGUGGUAUUAUGGUCAAACUGAAAAGGCAAAAGAGUUUUUCAGAAGAUGUUAUAUCUCACAAAGGUGAUUUACGGUACAUCACAAUUUCUGGACAAAGAGUUUUAGAUGCUGCAAGGUCAUGUAGCAAAAGAGAUGGUGUGAAAGUUGACAAAGAUGGCAUCGAUACUUCGGCUACAUAUGCUGAAGUGCAAAAUAAACUGGAUGACGCCUCAGAUCGUUUCAAAUCUCUCUAUACUAAGUGUAGCAUCCUUGGAAAUAACCUUAAAGACCUGGUGGAUAAAUACCAGCAUUAUGAAGAUGCCUCAUCUGGACUUUUGUCAGGUCUCCAGACCUCUGAAAUAGCUGUGAACAAACAACUAUCAGAACCAAUUGCAGUGGAUCCUAAAAAUCUCCAAAGACAACUAGAAGAAACCAAGGUUCUUCAGGGACAGGUGUCUAACCACCAAAUUGCUGUAGAAAAACUGAAAAAGGCUGCUGAAGUGUUAUUGGAUACAAGGGGAGAGUUGACACCAGACAAAGAUGAGAUUCAGAAAACACUGGAUGAUAUUGUGGAGAGGUAUGACAAUUUAUCCAAGUCUGUGAAUGAAAGGAAUGAGAAGCUCCAAAUAACUCUGACACGAUCCCUAAGCGUGCAGGAUGGUUUGGAUGAAAUGCUGGAUUGGAUGGAAGGAGUUGAAAAAAGCCUUGAAGAACACGACCAAGUGCCUUUGAAUUCUGCUGCUAUUCAGGAUAUUAUUAGUAAAAGCAUUAUGCUGGAACAAGACAUUGCGGGUCGCCAAAGCAGUAUAAACACUAUGAAUGAAAAAGUGAAGAAGUUCAUGGAAACAGCAGAUCCAUCCACUGCAUCCACACUGCAAGCUAAAAUGAGUGAACUUGCAGGACGGUUUUCUGAAGCAAGUAAGAAGCAUAAAGAAAAGCUUACGAAAAUGGAGGAGUUGAAGACUAAAGUGGAGUUAUUUGAAGGUCUCACAGAAAAACUUCAGUCAUUUCUAGAUGAGAAAAACCAGACACUCAGUGAGACAGAAGCACCAAGAAAGGAUGUUAGUGAAGUGUCUCAGUAUAUGCAGGAAGCUAGUGUAGAAUUGGCACAGCAUAAGAAGGACCUGGAAGUUUUGCAGCAGCUUCUUGAAGAACUUUCAUUCCAUGCUCUUCCUGGAGAUAAAGCUUUGGUAUUAGAAAAAGUAAAUGCAUUGUCAAAGAAAUUCAGAGAGGUAGAGGAAACUGUAAAGGAAAAAGAAGAGGAUGUAUCAUCUUGUCAGAAACAAAUGGAUACUUUUGAGCUUCUUGUAGAAUCAUUAAAGAAAUGGAUAAAAGAGACAACAGAACGAAUUCCAGCAGCGCAACCAUCUCUGAAUACAGAGGAGUUAAAGAAACCUUUGGAAGAUACAUUGAAUUUGAAAGAUGAAUGGACAUUGAAAGCACCUGAACUGCAGAAAAUGAAUAGCAGAGGAACGUUGCUGUGUAACCUAAUUACCGCUGUGACUUCUCCUGCCAAACUGAGAGCAGCUGCAAAAUCAGGUGGCACAAUACUAAAUGGUGAAGGAGGAGCUCCGGGAACUCAGGAUUUCCUGAAAAAUAAAGAACUGACAACUGUUCAGCAAGCCAUGUCUGAUGUAAAUCACAGUUACGAAGAUUUGGGAGUUUUAUUGAAGGAAAAGAUUUCAGAACUAGAAAGUAUGCUUUCAAAAAUGCAGAAUAUUCAGGAAGAAUCGACCUCAAUGAUGCAGUGGUUGCAAAAAAUGGACAAAACUGCAUCAGAUUGGGAAGCUGCUCCAACUGAUAGUGAAGCGGUUAAAGCCCAAGUUGAGCAGCAUAAGCUUUUUGAAACUGAAUUGAAGCAAAGUGCGAAUAAAGUGCAGGAACUAAAGGACAAAGUGACAGAGCUGUUGGAGAAAAAUCCCAACUCUCCUGAGGCACCCAAGUGGAGACAAGUUUUGGAUAAAAUAGAUUCCAAAUGGAAAGAGCUCAAUCAAGUUACAUCUGAGAGACAACAAAAACUGGAGGAGUCUUCAAAUUACCUGACCCAGUUCCAGACAGCAGAAACUCAGCUAAAGCACUGGCUUGUAGAAAAGGAGCUAAUGGUCAGCGUGCUGGGACCGCUAUCAAUUGAUCCUAAUAUGCUGAAUACACAAAAGCAGCAGGUUCAGAUUCUGCUCAAAGAGUUUGACACCAGAAAACCGCAAUAUGAGCAGUUAACUAUGGCUGGUGAAGGGAUUCUGAAGAGACCUGGUGAACAUCCACCCUCCCAUGGAGUUGUAAAAGAGCAACUGGCAGCUGUGGCACAAAAAUGGGACAGUCUAACUGGCCAACUGAGGAACAGAUGUGACCGAAUUGACCAAGCCAUUGUGAAAAGCACAGAGUAUCAAAGUCUACUCAGAAGUCUGUCUGAUAAGCUAAGUGCCUUGGAUAGCAAACUAAGCAGCAGCCUGGCUGUGAGUACACAACCUGAUGCUGUGAAACAACAACUGGAAAUUGCUAGAGAAAUGAAGGAGGAAAUAGAACAGGAAAUGAAGAAUAUAAAUGCAGCUCAAGCUCUUUGUGAAGAGCUGUCAACACUGGUUGGAGAAGAGUAUUUGAAAGCAGAACUUACGAGACAGUUAGAUGGCAUCUUAAAGUCGUUUAAGGAUAUUGAGCAAAAAUCAGAUAACCAUGUUCAGCAGCUUCAGUCAGCGUAUGCGACUUCUCACCAGUUCCAGCAAAUGUCUAAGGACUUUCAGGCCUGGCUAGGCAAAAAGAAAGAGGAGCUGAACCAGGCUCGUCCUGUAUCAGCCAAACUUGAUGCCUUACAAUCACUAAUUGAAGAACAGAAAGAUUUUAAGAAGACCGUGACCGAUCAGACUAGUUCAUAUGAAAGAAUUGUUGCAGAAGGAGAAAGUAUCUUACAGAAGACUCAAGGAGCUGAUAAAGCAGCAUUACAAUCCCAAAUCACCACCCUCAGAAGUAACUGGGAUGAAAUGAAUAAGCAGGUAAAAGAAAGGCAAGAUAAAUUAACAGACUGUCUGGAGAAAGCCCUCAAAUACAAGCAGCAUGUAGAAAAUCUGCAGCCAUGGAUAGAGAACUGCCAAAGCAACCUCUGUGAAUUAAAAGUUAGCAUAAACCCUGCUGAAAUAGAGAAUUCUAUUGUUCAGGUGAGGGCCUGGCAGAAGGACCUGGACAAACACCAUGGGAUGGUGGAGUUAUUAAAUAAUACUGCUGAAAGUUUACUCAGUGCAAGUGAAACGGAUAAAGAAAUUGUUCAAGAAGAAACUAAGGUGCUGAAUCAGAAAGUGAACGUGGUCACAGAGCAAUUACAUAAGAAGAGAGAGUGCUUGGAAAAUAUGGCGCAAAGGCUAAAAGAGUUUCAGGAAUCAUCCAGGGAAGCUGAAAAACAGCUUAAAAGUGCCAAAGAACAUCUGGAAGCUCACGACUCACUUGGGCCUCAGUCAUUCAGUAACAAACACCUGACGAUGAUGCAGGCCCAGCAGAAGGCCUUGCAGGCUUUAAAGCCUCAUGUGGAUUUAGCAAAAAAGCUUGCCCAAGACCUGGUGGUAGAAGCUUCUGAUUCAGCAGGUGUUUCGGACCUUUUGCUCCAAGCUGAAUCUUUGGAGAGAGAAUACACCGCAGUGAACCAGCAGGUUGAAGAUCGGUGCUCGUUCUUAGAGACAAAACUUCAGGGAAUUGGCCAUUUCCAAAACAGCAUCCGAGAGAUGUUCUCUCAGUUUGCAGAGUUUGAUGAUGAACUUGAUAGCAUGGCUCCAGUGGGGAGAGAUUUGGAGGUACUGCAAUCACAGAGGGAGGACAUACAACGUUUCUUGAAAAAGCUGGAGGAUCUUAUAAUGAAUAAUGAAAAUGCUAAUAAAAACUGUAAAAUCAUGCUAGCCACAGAAGCCGAAGCUUCUCCUGAUCUUGUUGGUAUAAAAAGAGACUUGGAAGCUUUAAAUAAACAGUGCAACAAGCUACUAGACAGAGCAAAAGCAAGGGAAGAUCAAGUGGAGGGUACUAUUAGCCGUGUUGAGGAGUUUUAUAGUAAGCUAAAAGAAUUUUCCAGUCUGCUUGGGAGAGCUGAGGAACAUGAAGAGUCACAAGGUCCCGUUGGAAUGGAAACAGAGACUAUUAAUCAACAGCUGGAUACGUUCAAG